AUGGCUCCCGGCGUGGAGCUGGGCUUCGCGGCGGCGCCGGAGGGCCCGGGCGGUGCCUGGCGGCUGCGCAGCGCCUACUUCCCCAGCAAGGUCGGGGGGAGGCCGGCGUGGCUGGGCGAGGCCGGGCUGCCGGGCCCCGCCGCUCUGCGCUGCGGCCGCUGCCAGCAGCCCUGCGCCUUCCUGCUGCAGCUGUACGCGCCGCUGCCCGGCCGCCCCGACGCCUUCCACCGCACCCUCUUCGUGUUCGCCUGCCGCAGCCCCGCCUGCUACCGCCCGGCGGGACCGGGCGGGCCCUUCCGCGUGUUCCGGAACCAGCUGCCGCGGCGGAACGACGCGUACCCCGAGGAGCCGCCCCCCGAGGAGCCGCCCCCGGGCCCGGCCCCCGCGGCCCCGCGGCGGCUGGGCAGCGGCGCCGCGCUCUGCCGCGUCUGCGGCUGCCUCGGGCCGCGCUGCUGCGGGCGCUGCCGCCGCGCCGCCUACUGCGGGCCCGAGCACCAGGCGCUGGACUGGCGGAGCGGGCACCGCCGCUCCUGCGGGCAGCACGCCGCCGGAGACGACUCGGCAGAUGCAAUUCCAGAGCAUAACGAGUUCCUUUUUCCAGAAUAUGAAAUUUUGAUAGAACCUGAGGAACCAGAAUUUCCUGCUGACACCACUGAUGAUGAACAAGGUGCUGAAGAUACAUCAAAGGACGCAAAACAAGAGGAACUUGGAGCUGCAGGCAUUGCAGAUGAAGCAAGAUUUCAGUCCUUAGAUGAAGAGACAUUGGAAGCAAUGGCAAAACAUGAGACUGAAGAAGAAAAGAUCUUCCGAAUGUUUAAAAAACAAGUAGCUGCUGAACCAGAGCAGAUUAUUAGAUACUGCAGAGGAGGAGAAGGUCCACUCUGGGUGUCAGGUGAAAACAGGCCUGAAGAAAAAGAUAUCCCAAAUUGUGUAUGUGGUGCCAAAAGGAUAUUUGAAUUCCAGAUUAUGCCACAGCUCCUGAAUCACCUUCAGGUUGACAGCCUUGGCGAGAGCAUUGACUGGGGAACGCUGGUGGUGUACACUUGCGCUGACAGCUGCGGAGGGGCAAACCAAUACCUGGAAGAGUUCAUAUGGAAACAAGACCACUCCAUGGCUCAACUUUAUGAAGCUGAGUCAUCCAAACAGAAUACUUGAUUUGUUUCACUGCAUCUCUGCACUAUGCAAACACGUAGUUGAACUGAAGUCACUGAAAACCAUGCAUCUUCUAACAGUAAUAAAACUGCUUUAGCUAGA